GUGUGUCGGGAUAAAUUACGCGAGGAAGUUAUGUUAAUCAUUGUUACCAAAUCAAUGUUUAGGCCGUUACUACCUGUGAGGGAUGGUGUUGAAACCACGUGGCGUGGAUACAUUAUAUCCCGGUAGUUGUAUUUACCGUCGGCUUUUCGCGACAGAAACAAUUAGAUAACCGCCUAUAAGUCGACGCACACACAUCUGACCUUAAAGAUUUGUGUGGGGGUUCAGCUCUGCUACUUAAAGGACCUUGUCCACUUCGAAUUGACACAAGGACCGGAGGAGGGCUUACCUGAUAACAUGCUACGUAUAACACCCUCCCGGCGCAACACGUUCACACAAACUAAUAGAUAGACAUUUCAUGGUGUCUACACGAGAUUUUUUCAUCUUUUAAGGAAACUAUAUACGUAAAUUAAGGAAUUUAAUCAACGUUUAUUUUCAAAACUGGACAGCAACUUAAAGUUCGUAGAAUAAUUUGUUUUAAAAUUGCUAUUAGCGUUGAAGAGAAACGUUGAAACUACAAAGGUGUGAGCAGACGAAAAGGACAUACGGGGAAACACCUAUAGGACCAAGCGGCAUAUUUGAAGAGUAUCGAUAUGUUUGCCAAAUCUGUGGUCAUAACUAUAUUUUGCUGGAUGGUAUUGGUCAAUGGCGCUCCAGCCAAGCAGGAUUCUCCGGUUUCAACAAACAACCAGCCGAAACGUGUCCAGCGAUCAACUGAGUUUCAGGACGACCUCCAUAGGGUGUUGAAUAAUCUACGUGGCUGGACACCUUCGCCUACGUCCGACACCGACUCGGCCACUACAGCCAGUAAUGACCCCCUGGACAGGUUAGGUGGUAUCUAUGUCCAUAAAGGCACGCGCGAGGCUGACGACGAGGACAGCAAUACAUACGACGUUGUGGACAUUGUGGAAGAUGAGGAUUUCCCGUCGCGGGAGGGCAAAGACGAAGUCCAACAAGACAAGAGUGGAUCUCCAGGGACAGCGGAGGACAAACUCAUUGUUUUAAAGCGAGUCCUACAGGCGAUAAAAGAUGAUAAUGGUAUUCCCGCCAAACGGUCCCUUGAUAGAUUAGGGGGAGCCUUUAUUCACGGAUACAAACGGGGACUAGACCCCCUUGGUGGAGUUUACAUCCAUGGGUAUAAAAGGGCGCUUGACCCACUUGGAGGUAUGUGGAUACAUGGCUAUAAAAAACGCGGGCUAGACCGGCUAGGUGGCGCAUACUUACAUGGAUACAAGCGCUCUAUGGAUGAUGAUGAUGAUGAUAGUGACGUUGAUUCAAAACGUUCACUUGAUCGGUUAGGUGGCGCAUACUUACAUGGAUACAAGCGUGCUAUGGAUGAUGAUGACGACGUUGAUUCAAAACGUUCACUUGAUCGGUUAGGUGGCGCAUACUUGCAUGGAUACAAGCGCGCUAUGGAUAAUGAUGACGUAGAUUCAAAACGUUCACUUGAUCGGUUAGGUGGCGCAUACUUGCACGGAUACAAGCGCGCUAUGGAUAAUGAUGACGUAGAUUCAAAACGUUCACUUGAUCGGCUAGGAGGUGCAUACUUACAUGGAUUUAAACGCGCUAUGGAUGAUGGUAUUGAUGAGGUUGAUUCAAAACGCUCAUUGGACCGAUUAGGUGGAGCAUAUCUACAUGGAUUCAAACGUAGCAUGGAUGACGGUGAUGACGAUAAUGAUUCAAAACGUUCGUUAGAUCGCCUCGGUGGUGCAUACCUACAUGGAUUUAAGCGCGCCAUGGAUGAUGAUGACGUUGAUUCGAAACGUUCCCUGGACCGUCUCGGUGGUGCUUACUUACAUGGGUUCAAGCGCGCAAUGGAUGACGAGAACGAGGUCGAUUCAAAACGCGCUCUUGAUCGACUUGGUGGUGCAUACUUACAUCAAUUUAAACGUGCCAUGGAUGACGACGAUUUAAAACGUUCACUUGACCGGCUUGGAGGAGCAUACUUACAUGGUUUCAAGCGCGCUAUGGACGAUGAUGAAAGUGAAGAAAAGCGGUCUCUUGAUCGACUUGGAGGUGCUUAUCUGCACGGAUUCAAACGAGCUUUAGACCCUCUUGGAGGUGCCUGGCUUCAUAAUUAUAAACGCGCACUGGAUCCUUUAGGAGGUACGUAUCUCCAUGGUUUUAAAAGGGCAUUAGACCCACUAGGUGGAACCUACCUUCAUGGCUACAAAAGAGCCCUCGAUCCGCUUGGGGGUGCAUUUCUUCAUCAAUACAAACGAGGACUCGACCCAUUAGGUGGCGCGUUUCUGCACCAAUACAAACGUUCAGUUGAUGCGGUCUCAAAAGGCAACAUUGAAGAUGGAAAGACGUCACCAUGAUCCGAAAAUGAAUUUUAAUUAUGGAAAAUGAUAUCAGGAGAUAUUCACGUCCAUCAAAUACACAACUUAAUUGAUAUAUGAUGUUAUGAAAGUAAAUCUAUUUUUAGACGACUAUCUUUUCAGGAUUCUUCUGUGUUAAGUCAGUGAUGCGACUGUAUGUAUGUGUGUACAGGAUAUCGGUGCUCGGACGGACGAAGAAGCGGCGAUAUGUUUUGGAUAUGUAUAAGGAGAAAUUUUAAAGGAAUUGACAUUCAGCUAAUUAUGUCAAAAUUUAACGGAAAUACAUUCACAGAUUUAACACAAUUCUUCAAAUACAAUGUUUUUGAUUUGUUUUCUUUUAUAUAAAAAUGUAAUUCAAAGUC